UCUAUUUUCGAUCUGUAGCCUCCUCUCAUGAACAAUCAAUCUCCUUACCUCUAAAUUCAUAUCAAUGAGUUUGAAGUUAAUCCGCAUUUUCUGAUCUUCUGUCUUCUUAUUUACCAUAGUUGAUCUAUCGGUUUCUUCCCAGUUAGAUCAAAUACUCUUUCCCUGGAGAACCUGGACUUGGUUUUGUCUUGUUCCGAAUCUUCGCUACACAAACUUCAGCCCCUUCUCAGCUCAGGCUAGGAUAUCUCACAAAUUCAGGAGCUCUCUUCAUAAAACACUGCAACACUGCAAACUCCUACGAUUCUAAACUACUAACAACGUAAGUUUCCAUAUUUAUUAUACUCAUUCGGCCAGAAAGUAUGAAUUCCAAAGUUCUGGGUACAUACUCCACAGUUGUGGACUGUGCUGCAAAAUCCUGAAUCCUGAGCUCUUGUGGUUCUUUAUUUUCCGAUAGCAUAAGAAAAACAGUAAUUGUCUUUCAGUGACCUAAUGCCAUCACAGAAUGUCUUGUGUUUGCUGCGGUUCAGCUUAUUCUUUUGAGGAUAAUACGAGCCUUUCAUCUCAACCCAACCACUAGCACAGCGACCUACUUGAUGGCAGUACCAGGAAAUAUUUCACGUACUUCAUGAUCUACACUGAGAGUGCUAAUAAUGGUAGUCAUCUUAUUAGGAUUCCAAUAGAGCUCUUUCAGCGUGCUCUCAAAUACCUCGACAUCGAAACGUUGGUCAAUGUUCGCCGCUGCUCCCAGUAUUGCAGAUUAGCAAGUUUCUUCCAUUCCAGAGUGGCAAGAGGUUUUUGGGAAUGCACCGGAGGCAUUGCACGCCAUUCUAAGCACCAGAAUAGGAUCUAAUGUGCUGCUAAUUCAGUUACAUUACGCCUUGACAAACCCUGAAUGCGAAUUUUGUCCCGAGAACUCAGAUUAUCCCGCCUAGUAAGCUUUAUGGUCUCUUAUCUUCUAGUCAAAUUCGCUGAUUGAUUUGGAAUUCUGGAUGAUGAAAAAGUCAUGGUGCUUUUCUAUCACUUUUUGAAGGCAAACGCGCUUGCGCCUAUUGCCACCGCAAUGACCUUUCUCUCAGGACUCUCUAAUUUAUCGAUCUCACGCGGGUCGAAUCACGAUCCGACUCUGCAAUCCAAUUUCCAUCCGAGAAAUAUCCAAAGUUGCACACAAUCCCAGGCGCAUACGGCCCUACCAAGUAUGAGAGCCACCAGCGUCUGGUUCUUACCUCGAUCGGAAGCAUCGGAACAACUCCUGUUGGCAAGGCAAUCAGCCGUUAUGAAGCGCAGGUGUUACAGCGAUCACCAAAAAAAGGCAUGAUUCCUAAACACCCAUUCUUCGAGCGCAAGGAAAUGGACAUACAACUCGCUCCCACCCCUAAAUACACAAAAUUCGAGUGCGAAGAACACGUAGUACAGCACUACAUGACGGCAAUCCCCUUCCCCUUCUUUGGAAAAACCAUGACCCAUCCCAACAUUAAAAAGCGUGUGGCUUUCCACGGCUGUCUCGAGUGCAGCCUCCAAGAACAAUACCACGAGAAACAAUUCCUCGAAUCUUUUAAUCAGGGCGAUGCCGACGAAACCAUCAUCUCCUGCGGAGCCAACAUCUACAAACGCGAAACGAGACAGUGGUUCAAUGAUAUGGAGGCCGAGAAGAUACAUGCGAGGGAGUUCCAUGAGCAAAUCGACGAAGGCGAAAGAGCGUGGAGAGUACACUGGCAAGCACCAAUGUUCAACCUCUCGGAUCCAAAUAUCUGGACCAAAUUGAGAAUGUAUAAAACCCACGAACUCUACAUAUAAAUGUCUCUAAUUAACGAUAUGAAUAGGCACAGCUUCUGAGUUCAAAUUUCGAGGAAUUAAUAAUGUUUGCGACGCAUAUUCUGGAGUGUUUGAUAUACUGCACGAACUCAAAAUCGAUAUCAAAAACCAAUGUCCACUAUGUUCCUUACUAUGUUUUCUACCUCUCCUUCACAAAACGAUUAUCCUUUUUUUUUCUUUUAGGAAUAAUAAGCCAUUUUCACUUAAUCCCA